AUGACCACACUAAGAUAUCGAGAUGGAUGCACAGGAUUUGGCGGUGGAUUCAUGAGCAAUUUUUUUCGUAGACUACGGUCAAGUGGGCAAUCUGUUCCAAGCUCAUCUCGAGAAGUAACGAGCAGAGUUACCUCAACACAUCAAACUUCUACAAUAUCAUAUCAGGAUCCCUCGCUCGCUUCAGCGUCCAAUUUUUAUUCACAAAGCAGCAAUACUCAAUCUGCGUUUAAUAAGGGCGAAACUGAUACAUCUAUUUCUGUACUUCCAAACAAAGUGAAUGUGAAAUCUAAUCUUAAUGAAAGAGGGAUUGAUAUCCCAUCUCAUUCUCACAACGAACAAGGAGACGCAGAUUCAUUACAUAGUCGAUUAACAGAUAUUCAUCUGUUGGAACAAAAGGUGGACAACAUUGAUAACAAAUUGCAAAUGAUAAUUAAUUUAAUUCAAUCAUCCAAUAAAGUAGUCACGGAUGGUUUAAACAAGGAAGAAAGAACAAAAGUCGGAGAUGAUGACAGUAAUAAAGAGGUAUUAAUUCAUAACGAAGCCAAGAUCGAUGCCUUAACAAAGAUAGUUGAAGACAUACAAAGCAUCUUAAAAAAAGAACAUCAGCCUGUAUCCCAGGGAAUUAAUGACACAAUCAACAUCACAUCUACUUUGGAAAACAAAGCCUUAACACCAGUUAGCAAAAUCGCAUCUUCAGAUGGAAAACCCUCAACCAAUACAACAGAUUCAAUUAAAAAAUUAGAAAAGGAUAACAAUCUUUACUGUUCUAGGUGUGGUCUAUUAAAAACAAAUGACGAGUGGUGUGAACCAUGUGACCGAGCAAUCUUCGAGUCAAACUUCUCAAACUGGACUAGUGGUAAUGCUAGUAUUGAUACCUUCAUUCGAGAAACCCAAAGCACGGCAACAACGAAAUUCAACUUCCUUGAGUGGAUAGCUUUCGACAGAAUAACGGAUAUCAAACAUAUUGGUAAAGGUGGAUUUGGUGAGGUAUUCUCAGCCCGGUGGAUUGAUGGCCCAAGGACAAAGUGGAAUAGCGAGAAAGCAAUUUGGGAAAGAUAUCCGAAUGUAAAAGUGGCUUUAAAGAGUUUACUAAAUCUGAAAGAAGAUGCUAUCAAUAGCGAAUUGUUUAAAGAGCUUCAAUCGCAUUUGAAAGCAAAUAACCAGGUGUCAGGACGCUUCACCACCUUACGUACCUUCGGUAUGACACGCGAUCCAGUAUCCAAAGCUUACAUGAUGGUGAUGACACUGGCCGACGAUGGCGAUCUUGGGGCUUACCUGAAAUCCGAAUUCUCGUCUCUCACCUACACUAAAAAACUUGAAAUUCUCUAUGAUAUUGCUACUGGUAUCGUUCAAAUCCACAAAUCUGGUCUUGUUCAUCGUGACAUGCAUAAUGGAAACGUGAUGUGCCAGAGGUAUGUAAACAAAGAACAAAACCGAGACGAGUGCAGAUUCGUAAUAGGCGUUUGGCUUAACAAAUGCUUAUACUCACCUGAUUCGGAAGUGGCUAACGAAUUUCUACAGGGUGACAAGCUUAGAUUGAGGGAACCUCAAAAGCAAAAAUUGCAUCCUAGUUAUAGUCAACAUAGCAUAUUUCAUAAUAUAAUCUCAGUCAAAUCACAAGACAUGAUGAAAUCAUCAGAAACGGAAAUCCCAACAGACGGUUUUGACGAGUUCACAAUUCCCGAUGAGAAUGAUAUAGAUUCAUUCGAAGAUUCAAUGAAAUUCAAGAUUCCUGAAAUUUUCGAGGAUGAUGACUGA